AUGGAGGAAUCAGAUGAUCCAGUUCCUGAUAUUUUAGCAACUUCCCCAAUUCCAUCACCAAAGGGUAAUAGAAGAGCAGUAUCUAUGGUACCACCACUACCACCACUAGCACUACAGCAACACAUCAGCUCCACAUUUACAGCAUCAAGUAAUACUUUAGCAACUAUUCAUACAAGCACGAGCACUGUUUCUUCCACAACUACAUCCCCAAUUAAUUCAAAUAUCGUUAAAUCAGGUUCCAAUAAAAGAGAUUCCUUUGAUUCAAAAGAAAUGAAACCAUUAACAUCUGCUUUGGAGGAAAUGCUUUUACAACAAAGUACUCAAAUUUUUCAGCAACAACCAUACCGCAAAUAA